AUGGUAGAUAACAUCGGUGCCGACGAUGGAUGCAUCAAAGAGCAAGACAGGUUACUCCCAAUAGCCAACGUGGGGCGGAUCAUGAAGCAAAUCCUCCCUCCCAACGCAAAAGUCUCAAAGGAAGCGAAAGAAACGAUGCAAGAAUGUGUCUCAGAGUUCAUCGGCUUCGUGACUGGCGAAGCAUCUGAGAAGUGCCGGAAGGAGAGGAGGAAGACAGUGAACGGCGAUGAUAUUUGCUGCGCUAUGGAGACGCUGGGUUUCGACGAUUAUGCUGAUCCGCUAAGAAGGUAUUUGCAUAGAUAUAGGGACUUAGAAGGAGAUAAACCUAAUCAACAAAAGGCAAUGAACAACAGUAGCGAAUCAAAUAGUGUUGAGCAAUCUUGGUCAUAUAGAAACACUCAACAAUAUAAGAACGAUCAGGGUUUGACCUCCACCUCGGCAAACUUUUGA